GACUAUUCCUCCGCGAACUGUCGAAGUGUACACAGGUUGUGCCGUAAUCUGAACGGAAUUUUUAAGAAAGGACGCGCACAGAUUUUCACACCGUUUGCUCACAUCACGGUUCCCCGUGUUAUUCUUUCUUGUUCUCCACGAAGUGAUUGAUACAUUAAGCGUCAAAAAUGGUAUCUGGCGGGAUGGCUUGUAUCAAAUACCUGACGUUCCUUUUCAACCUAAUAUUUGCGAUCACAGGAAUUGUGUUUAUAGCAGUUGGCACUGUGAUCUUAGUGGUUUACAGUGACUAUAAUAAUUUUAUGGACAGAUGGUUUUUCGCGGCACCAGUAUUAAUGAUAGUAGUGGGAACCAUCGUGUUUAUUAUAUCAUUCUUUGGUUGCUGCGGAGCAGUCAAAGAGAAUCACUGCAUGAUAAUAACGUUUUCCGUAUUACUCCUUUGUAUCUUCGCACUGGAACUUGGUGCCGGAAUCGCCGGUUACAUGAUGCGUGGAGAAGUUCAUUCGAUGGUCGAAAACCGAUUGAACACUACUAUAUUAGAGUACUCUAGCAAGAACGAUAUACGUAAAUCUUGGGACAUUAUGCAACACGAUUUAGAAUGUUGCGGUAUGAACGGUCCGUCCGACUGGUCCACUUCCGGAUCGUUCGCAGAAAAUAACAUCCCGAUCUCUUGCUGCAAGGAAGUACCGGAAGGAAGUAAAUGCGACGUCAACUCAAUUUCCAUACAUUCAGAAGGUUGCAUGAAAAGUCUUCAGAAAGCUAUCGAGCGCAACGUUUUAAUUUUUGGCGGCGUAGGCAUUGGCAUCGCUAUUGUUCAGUUAAUGGGAGUGAUCUUCGCAUGCUGUCUAGCACGUUCGAUUCGCCGCGAGUACGAGACUGUCGAGACCGCAGCGCACUGAUUCGACAACCGAUAGGAGGCAUUAUAAACUAAAUAUUGUUCGUCGUGCAUUCGUUAAGAGAAUAAUUCUAGAAUCGUCGCAAGACCGUAUUUUACUUAGAUUCCGGCUGCAGAGUAAUCAAUGUCGAUCUGCAUCCUAACUUAAGAAUAUAAACGAACUAUUGGAGAUUGUAAUUAAACAUACUGCCAUUAUCUGCCAAAUGGUCGAGACCAAGCAUCUCUUUUGUACGUUUUGGAAUUAAAAGCUUAUAUGGCAUAAGGAGAUUGUUUAAAAAAGAGAUUGGAAAACAAUCUUAUUUUUGUCUUGCUAUUCGUUGCAUUUGAAAAAGAUGAAAAUUCUUGUUCUGAUUGAUUUCUUUACUAGGAAGGAAAUUCUUAUUCCGUGCAACAAUUUUUAUUUGUCUCAAUUAUAUCGUAUUUUUAUAAAAUACGCUUUUGAUACACACAUGGAGCUGGACAGAAGUCUUUUUUCUCAAAUAUCAAGCUCAACUUAAACGACUAGUAUUUUAUACAUCAUUUUUAUAUAAUUUUUAUUAACUUAUUAAGCAUCAAUAAGAAUGUGACUUAUAAAUUUUAUGAACGAACAAAUAACAGAUACAAAUCAAAUACGUUAUAUCGUCGAGAUUGCCUUUAUCCAGCUCCGAGUAUCGAAGAGAUUAACAAACAUGGUAUACAAUAAAUAAGAUUACUUUUUAUUGAAGGAAGCAAAUUUCGUGGAAGAUAAUAAAAGCUAUUAUUGAACACUUUCGUGAAAAGAUAAUUUCCGUAAUUGUUUAGUUAUAAUUCGCAUAAUCUCAAUAUUAAUGAUCAAUGAAGAAUACUUCUGGUGCGUUAAAGAAAAUUAUUGAACAUUUCAGAAGUAGAAUUAUAUGUGUAUGUACGUGUAGAUAUUUAACAAUUUCAAGAUAUUAAUUAUAUGUGUUUAAGAUCUUUGAUUCGUGAUUCAGUAGCUAAAUAAUUAUAUGUUGGGACCAAAGCUUUAUAUUUUUUAAUCAGGAAAUUAAAAAUAAUUCAACAAACAAUAAUAUCGAUAUACUAAUAAGAAAUUUGGCGUCGACAGAUCUUUUCAUUUUGAUUAAAUAGAAAACAGCUUCCAAAAAUUAUAUGAAGUACAAAAUUCCAUCUACGGCAUUGCGUCGAUUUGACAAAUUUUUAUUGUAAUUACAGUUCUGCUUUUUCGUCGGAAUUGAAAUCUCGCAUAUUUCAAUAAGGAAAAGAGGAAAAUUAAAACUGCGAAUAAUAGUUACCAGUUUAAUAAUAACUUACGUUCUUUGGUACUUUUCACUUAUAUCAGGGCUUCUUAAACUAUGGGUCGCGACCCCAAAUGGGGUCGCGUAGCAAAAUUUUGACGACUGUAAUGGUAACUCGCAAUCAUAAAUGGGGUCGUGAAUAACAAAAGUUUAAGAAGCCCUGACUUAUAUGAAUAAAAACCAGAGAUCAUUGAAUUACUCCACUGAACGAAGAACAUUUCGUUUUAUAAACCGAUAUGUUGAGUAAUUUAUAACUUGUAACUUCUUCACGUUGCAGUAAAUUAUAAUUAUUUAGCAGGACAAUCACGUAAGUAGAGGAAUAACAAGACGAUAAGCGAGGUUUCAAUGUGUUUCAAAAUAACGAAGACUCACGUGGGAAAUACACGUGUGUCAAGUCAAUAGAUAAUACCGAAGCAUAAAUGCGUGCCUAAUUUUUGCAAUGUGUCUAAAUCAUUUAUUUAGAAAUAAUCGAAGCGAUUAAUUUAAAUAAAUUAUCGAUUAAAACGAA